CGGGGUGGUGGUGGGACCCCGCCGCCGCCGCCGCCAGCGGGAGGACGCGGAGCGCGAGGGGCGCGGCGGAGGGCGGCCCGCGCGGCCCGGGAGCCAUGGCCAAGUGCAGCGGGCGCUGCACGCUCGUCGCCUUCUGCUGUCUGCAGCUGGUGGCCGCUUUGCAGCGGCAGAUCUUCGACUUCCUGGGUUACCAGUGGGCUCCCAUCCUGGCCAACUUCCUACACAUCAUGGCUGUCAUCCUGGGCAUCUUUGGCACCGUGCAGUACCGCUCCCGGUACCUCAUUCUGUACGCAGCCUGGUUGGUGCUCUGGGUUGGCUGGAAUGCAUUCGUCAUCUGCUUCUACCUGGAGGUCGGACAACUGUCCCAGGACCGGGACUUCAUCAUGACUUUCAACACAUCCCUUCACCGCUCCUGGUGGAUGGAGAAUGGGCCGGGCUGCCUGGUGACCCCUGUUCUGAACUCCCGCUUAGCCCUGGAGGACCACCAUGUCAUCUCUGUCACUGGCUGUCUACUUGAUUAUCCUUACAUUGAAGCCCUCAGCAGUGCCUUGCAGAUCUUUCUGGCGCUUUUUGGCUUCGUGUUUGCCUGCUACGUGAGCAAGGUGUUCCUGGAGGAGGAGGACAGCUUCGACUUCAUCGGUGGCUUCGACUCUUACGGGUACCAAGCGCCGCAGAAGACGUCGCAUUUACAGCUGCAGCCUCUGUACACGUCCGGGUAGCUUCCGCCCCGCACCCACCCCGGCGCGGCGCCCUCGCUCGCGGGCUGCACGGAGCUUAGCCGCGGAGAGCGCGGGCCGAGAAGGGCAGGCGCGCCCCCUGGCGGUACGCGGACCGACUGCAGUCCGCGCGGCCCCACCUGAAUCUGCUGC